GGGUAGUAUGGAGGUCAAAGAUUUUGCAAGUAUUAUGUUGGUAUCCAUUCUUUUUAAUACUUGAUAUAUGGUAGUCAUACCUUUUCUGCCACUUGAAUUUAGCAGAUAUGGUAUCAAGCCAUCCACUUUUGGGUACAUAUUUGCAAUAUUCUCUGUUGCUGCAAUGAUUGGUUCUCUUGUCAUCGGUAAACUCAUGAUCAUCUUCGGUAGAAAAAUCAUCCUGCUUCUCGGAAUCUGUUCCAUGGGAGUCUGCAUGUCGGUGUUCUCAUCAAUUGCCUACUUAGAGAACUCCUCUCUGGUCGUGUUGAUGUUGCUAGCUUCAAGGUUUUUACAAGGGUUUGCAUCGAGCAUGAUCCAGACAACAUGUUACGCAAUCAUCUCGGCUUGCUAUGACGAAGACAAACAGAAGUACCUUGGAUAUUUUGAAGGAGCUCAAGGACUUGGAUGCAUGAUAGGGCCAGCCAUUGGAGCAAUUCUGUAUUCAAUUUGUGGUUUCAAUGGCACAUUUUACUUUCUUGGAAUCUCAUUGGUGCUGAUGUAUGUUGAGGUCAAGUCAGAGGAUAAUAAAAUUCUUCAAGAUAAGCCAGCAUAUACUAGCUUGUUAAAGAGAAAAGUUUUCUUGUUAUCAACAUUAUGUGGAGGGCUAUCUUAUGCUUCUUUUUGUUAUUAUGAGCCUGUUUUAUCACUUCGGCUACAAGAUGUGGGUCUUUCCCAAACUGAGAUUCUUUAUUUUUUUUGUAUUACUCCUUUCUCUUAUUUAUUGUCAAGUCUAGCUAUUCCUUAUUUAACAAGUAAGUUCACUCAAAAGAUGAUCAUCACUACUACAAUAUUCUUAUGUGGAAUUUCUCAAUUCUUCAUAGGACCUAGUCACUUUUUGCCAGACAACUUAUUUCUAAUGGCUUUUGGUCAGUUUGCAGAAGGGGCUACGAGUUUUUUCUGCUUUAUCCUAACCUUGCCAGUUAUGAUCAAAGAUGCUGAAGAUAGGUAUCCAACCUAUAAGACAUAUGCUUCAGAUUUAUCUUCAGGGGUGUUCAACUUUAGUUUAUCUCUUGGUCAAGCCUUGAGUCCAAUUUAUUCUACAAAUUUAACCGAAAUCAUUGGGUUUCAAAAUGUGUGCACUACAGCAGCAAUUAUCCUUAUUGGGUAUUCCUUAAUCUAUUACAUUUUCUGAGUCGCUCUUGUUGAAGAGCCGAAAUACACAGAAUUAGGAAUUGAGCUGGAGAGCCAAGAAGCUGAAUGACUAAAGGAGAAACCUUGCCAACAAAUUUAAAGAUAAUUUUGGAGACUCAAGUUGAUAAGGUAUUAAGUUGGUUUA